ACAGUCUGAGUGUGAUUAUAAAAGGUCAGCCUUCAGCCUGAGAGCAGUUGCUGUUAUCUACUGCUGCUCACAUCUAUCAGCAGGCUCUGGCAGGAAGACUCCUUCUCUUCUUUCUGCAAGAAAACCCCAGAAGCUGUAAGUUCUCCAACUGAAAAAAUGAAAAACAAAUUACCUUACCUGUCAAUGGACUGGACAAUUUUUUGAAACCCGUUUGUUGCUGGAUCUAAUGUGACAGUCCUGCGACAAAGCCUGCGCGCUGCGCCACCAUGCGGCAGAAAGCGGUAUCGCUCUUCUUGUGCUACUUGCUACUCUACACCUGCGGCGUAGUGGAAGCAGGCAAAAAACGAGACUCCAAGAACUCUGAGGACAGAGGCUCCGGGUUCUGGAGCGCGCUGACCUACAUGGCGGUUGGAGGAGGGCUCCUAGCUGUUGGGCUGCCCGCUCUGGGCUUCGCGAGCACGGGCAUCGUCGCCAACUCGCUGGCCUCCUCGCUGAUGAGCUGGUCAGCCGUGGUGAACGGGGGCGGCGUGCCCGCCGGGGGGCUGGUAGCCACGCUGCAGAGCCUCGGGACCAGUAACUUCAUGGCCAAGGCUGGUGCUGCUCUGGGCUAUGCUGUCUACACCCAGGUCCAUAAAAAGGGGGAGGAGGAAGAGGAUGAGUAGUCAGCAGCUCCCAGGAACCGAUUCCUCUUCUUCCUUGCUCCCCUUCUUCUCAUUGAAGUCUAGAGCUUUCUCUGUUAUACUCCUCAAACACACACACAAAAACAAUAAACUUCUCUCAGAAAAUG